CCGGCGUGGAAGUAACAACAAGCAAUUGUGAUUUUUAUUUUCUUCCUCGUUGUUUCAAUUAUUUUGGUCAGAUAAUGGGGAAAGAAAGAAAAAAAGAAAAGCAAGAAAAAAAUAAAUAAUAAAAUAAAAAGAAGGAAAGCUGCAGCGCAGCAGAGGAGGGGAGUAUCACAAGAAAGGAAAAAGAAACACUACACAAAGCAGAGAAAAAUCUGGCGUACAUGUUAGUUGGUUUGCAUGGAAGCAGAAGAGAAAAACAAGAAGAGGAAACUUGACCUGGACUGGACCAAGUUACUCUCAAGGGAACCGGGGGAUGAGGGGCCACCGCCACCCUUAGUCGUUAUCACGAUUGAGCCGCAACCAUCGCCGAGUAAAUCCGACUCAAUGGGCGGCGGCGGUGAUCAAGGCAAAGAUGAAUUUUCUGAGAACCUGCCUGAUCACAAGCUGGACGAGAUGAUUCAACGGCAGCAGCGGAAUCUGGAACACCUUGGCUCUAAAUUGCCGGAUAAGGGGAAGAAGAUUAGGGAUCGUCUUGAGCGCCUUGAGGAGGAGAAGAAACGUAGAACACUUUCGCGAGCGAAAAUGGAUGCUGCUGGAUGUGAGAAGCCUACACAAUUGUCAAGCUCAGAUAUUGUUGGUUCUUCUAAUGUCUUUGAGCAACAGAGUAAAUCACAUCAAGCCCUCUCACAGUCUACAUUUGGUUCUAGUUUUUGUAAAAAGAUGGAAGAAAAUACAGAUUGUAGGAUAGUCAACACAUUUGACAAAGAGUUAUCAAUUUUGAAUCGUUGUGAACGGAAAAAAACCAGAUGCAAUGGGGAGUUUUCACAGAGGGAAAGACAGAAAGUUUGGGUAUCACCAAGACGAAUUAGUUUGAAACACCCUAGGAAGCCUUCUUUUGUAGAUCAAAAGUGUAGGACAGCUUCGUUGUAUUCUCUUUGUGACACAGAUGAUGACUUGCCAAGCAUUUCAAAGAAGAAUGCUUUUCAAGUCCGACCAUCAAAUAAUUCAAGGCGUAGGAAGGGCCAGACUGUUGUUCUUGUAGAUGAGGAAGAACCACAGCUAGUACAGACAACAGAGCUUGAAGUUAAACUUCCAAAUUGCAAGAAGGAUGCUAGGAUCUAUUACCCAUCAAGGGAUGAUCCAGAAUCUGUUGAAAUUUGUUUUGGAGAUAUUGACAGCCUUGCUCCUGAAACCUUCUUGACAUCACAAAUUAUGAACUUUUACAUCCGAUGUUUACAGCAGCAGGCAUCCCCAACAAAUAGGGCAAUAUGUGAUUAUCAUUUUUUUAACACGUAUUUUUACCAAAAGCUGAAAGAAGCUGUUUCAUACAAGGGGAGUGACAAAGAUGCUUUAUUCAUCAAGUUCAGAAGGUGGUGGAAAGGUGUCAAUAUUUUCCAGAAGGCAUAUGUACUUAUUCCGAUAAAUGAAGAUUUCCAUUGGAGUUUGGUCAUCAUUUGUAUACCUGACAAAGAAGAUGAAUCAGGACCUAUUAUCCUUCAUUUGGAUUCAUUGGGACUUCAUUGUAGCAGAUCAGUUUUUAAGAACAUUAAAAGCUAUAUGAGAGAAGAAUGGAACUAUUUGAAUCAAGAGGUUGCUCCUUCAGAUCUUCCCAUUGCAGACAAAAUAUGGGAAAACCUUCCCCGCAGGAUUGAGGAGAAAACUAUAGCUGUUCCCCAGCAAAAGAAUGAUUAUGAUUGUGGUCUGUUUGUUCUUUUCUUCAUGGAGCGCUUCAUUGAAGAGGCCCCUGAAAGACUGAAAAAGAAAGAUUUAGCGAUGUUUGGUAAGCAGUGGUUCAGACCUGAAGAAGCCUCCAGCUUGAGAGUAAAAAUACGGAAUUUACUUAUAGAACAGUUUCGAAGUGCAAGUGAGAAUAUGGGUGGUUCACAAUCAUCUCCUUCUUUGUCUUGACGCUUUUGAAGAUGGUGCUCCAGCAUGAAUCUGGUGGCAAAUAGGACACACCAGUGGAUUGGGUGCCAUCUCUGUAUAGCUUGCAUAGUGGUGGUCCUGGCUUCAAAUGUAUCAGUGGUAAAUCAGAUGGUAUAAAAAAUUUUGAAAUUGCUUUUGUAUAGUUUACAGGAGAAAAGAAAAAGAAAAGAAAAUGUUGAAAUGCCAUUGCCAUUAUAAAAGAGUAAAAUGGAGGUAAGUUUGGAUACGUGGGAGGAAAAUGGCACAAUCAUUCAUAACUUGUGAUGGUGGUGUUUUUAAAGCUUUCCACCAUCAACAUUUGUAUUUAAGUUUCUUACUUUCUUUGUCAGUUGGCACCUACGAGCCUGUUGAUGAAAGAGUUAUGCAAGUCCAGUCAAAAUGAAUGCGUGCAUAAUGGAAGCAGCUACUCUUUGGACUA